AUGGCCGCUCCGACGGGCUUGCCGCUGCUCGAGAACUUGGCGGUCGCGUCCGCCCUCGACAAGCAGGUGCUGUUGUUCCUCCGCGACAAGGGAGUGACAAGUUCGGGAGUGCUGUUCCACUUGUUCGAGGACAGGGCCAAGAUCCGCAAGACUUUGGCCCCGUUGUUGGUUGGAGUCAAGGUAGGCACCGACGACCUAAAGUUGGACGACGUUGGCCUUGAGGUCGCGAUCGCAGUCCUGGAGCACAUGGCGGAUGAGAUCGGACUCGCCAGGGCAGCACAGAUGGCCGCAGUGAUUCCAGCGGCAACCCCUCUUGCAGCCACAGGGUCGACAAGCACGGUCGCCGACGACGCCAAACCCCCCAAGCAGUUGCCCAAAGGCUAUUGGGCUAAGAGAGUGAAAGAGUUCGAGGAGGCGAAGAUCGAGGGCCGCAACCGCACUUUCCCAGUACACCUCUUGGUCGGCGCAGAGGAGACGUUGGCAAGGAUGGUCUACGAGAAGGAGCACUCGCACCUAUUCAGUCCCGUCAAGUUGGGAGAGAUCAUCUCUGUCCGCAACUUCACUCCGAGUCGCCAGGUGAACCCUUGGGCAAAAACCGAGGACAGGUUCUCGGACUCCUUGAGCCUGGACGCCUCAGGUUUGCUGGUUCAGAGGCACAAGAAGAUCCCGGAGCCCCAGAAGGCCCUCACAGUCAUCGACGCCUUCGAGUCAGUUCGCUGGGCGAUGGUCUUCGCGAGGUGGGGCGAAGAGUUCGUCAUCGGCCAGUUGAUCGACUUUUUCAUUAACCUGGUCCGCGACAACCAGAACAAAAUCCCGCAGAUUCGCGAGUACUACCGCAAGACCUCUUGGGAUUUGGCAAUGCACAUGCGAGCGGACGGCUCUUUCCAGGAGGGCGUAGAGAAGAUCAUCUCGAGCACCGAGCGCCACGACGCCCUCGCUCGGUGGAUGCCCCAGGAGGGCAAAGGCAAAGGCAAGGAUACGGACGGCAAAGGGAAGACGAAGGACUUCACCAACAACGGCAAGGGCAAGUUUCGCUACAUAGCUCCGUACGUCUCCCAGACGAGGCCCAGGCGGUACCGCCACAGGCCUAGGGACAACGCGGGGCGCCCGAUGCCCGAGAUCGGGCGUAACUUACAGGUAGCGACAGGCUCCGUCGGUUCAAAGACGGUGGAGCACCAGCCCGCACCGCUGCCUCGCCCGGUUGCCGCGCUGCUGUCCUUCUUCGACGGCAUAGGUAGUGCACACCAGUCGCUUCUUGACCUUCGCAUAGAGCCGCUGGUUUCCUGGUCGUGGGAGGUCGACCCCGACUGCAACAAGGUCGUCCGACAGAGGCACCCCCGGGUGGUGCUGCAAGGUGACGCUCUGUCCGCAGACCCUCGCAAAGCGGUCCAGGCUCUCAAGGACCAGUGCCCGCCAGAGACGUUCGUGGUGGUCGCUUGCGCACCUCCGUGCCCAGACUUUUCGCAGAUCAAGGGCGACAAGGCCCUUGGUACAAAGGGCGAGGAAGGUCAGAAGUUCGCUCAGUGGGUGACCAACUGGUACAACCCUUUCCGGAAAAUGUGUAGAUUUAAGUUUGCACUCUUGCUGGAGAACGUCACCAUGGCCAAAGACACUCAGGUCGCCCUCGACGACUUGGUCGGAGUGAGGUCUUUUGUGUGCGACGCAGCUUCGUUCGGCCUGGUCAGCCGGCCGCGCUUGUGGUGGUGCUCGAGUUUGUCACCGCCCGAAGCCGAGGCUACUGCUCCGCCCGAGGCGGCAUCGGGAAUGGCCAGGUGGAGAAGAUGGAAUAGACAGUGGGAGUUGGUUCCUGCGAGCUCUCGUUUUCCCCGCCAGGUCGCUGCAGAGUGCAAGUUCGCCAAGUUCAACGAGAAGGUAGAGAGAGGUUCGGUGCGCUUCCCUUGCUUGACUACACCCGCGCCAACCCCAGAAGGACGCCCGCCGCCUCCGAAAAGGAAGCGGGACGAAUCCCCGCAGACUCUUUCGAGGUGGAGAGCCGACAACCAGCAGUACGCCCCGUGGCAGUACAGGGACUACGCCUUAGUCGAGGAGAAAGGGAAGGUCGCGCCACCGUCUGCUGCAGUCCGGGAGUUCCUCCACGACUACCCGCCGGGAUACACAAAGGCAGUCCCGGAGAGAGCCAGGUGUACGCAACUGGGGAACUCUUGGCACUUGCCGACAAGCCGUUUCAUCCUGUUCGUUGUCUUGCUCACAGCUCAGGUUGUAAAGGUCAAAACUCAGGAGCCACACGUCUGGUACGAAGAGAAGCCGUUCCCUGUGUUCGAGCUCAAGUUCCACCCCGACGGUUCGAGGCCACUUCUGAGGGCGUGUUCGUGGUGGAGACGUUUUGGUCGCCAGUGGGACCCUAACGAGCCUCAGGCCUUCCAACUGCAAGGCCCUCUUCACGACGAGAAGGAGCACGUGAGAUGGUCUACGUCUACGUCCCUGUCAUGGGAACAGGCUUUCCCGAUCAACCUGAACCCAUGCCUCGAGUUCGCAAUCGAGCAGCAGGAGAGAAUGGGGGGAAAAGUCGUUCAGUGGCGCGAGACAGUGGUCGACGACGUCCAGUCCCUUGUCGAGGAGCUUCGAGAAGACCAGGACGAGUGGCUGUCUCAGGCCCCCGAACACGUUCAGCAAGUUUACAAACAAGGUACGCCGAAGUUCGUGGUUCAGUUGCUCGCGUUCGCUCACCUGCUCCAGCUCUUAGAUUUUCCAGAGUGGGAAAACCUGGUCGCAGACUUGUUUUGGGGUUUUAGGCUCUUAGGACCGCUGCCGCCGGGAAGCUCGUGGCACCUGCGACAGGACAACAAGUACUCGAGCCCAUGGUCGCCUGCGCAGUUUCAGUCUUUCAACAUGGCGCAUGUUGUGAGGUUGCUGGCGUCCAAAAAGGAGGACGAGCAUUCGGCUACCAUGAAGGCCGAGCUCCUCGAGGAAGCACAGAAGUCUAGGUUCGCGGGCCCCUUCUCGGCGCAGUGGCUAGAGUCCCAGGCCAAGUCACACCGUGUGUUUGCAGCAAAGGCUUUCCCAGUGGUCCAAGGUCCCAAAGUUCGACGAGCCGACGACUGGCUCCGAAGUGGCCAUAACGCGACAGUAUGGGCAGGCGACACUCCGCCGUACCAAGGAACCCCGACGAUCAUUUCGGGCAUUCGGCGGGUGGCCAGAAGCAGUUCCCCAGAACUUUCAGCCGUCGACCACGAGGGCGCCUACCGGAACUUCCCAGUUCGCUCUCCGCUGGAGUGCGCCACAGUUUUGCCAGAAGAGGGCGACGAGAGAAUCUGGCUACACCGAGUCCUUCCGUUCGGAUCCUCGGGGUCGGUGUGGAGCUACAUCAGGUUCGCUGAUGCAGUGUGCUUUCUGUCAAUCUCGCUCCUCAUGUUGGCCGCAGCUCACUUUGUCGACGACUUUUACAAGUUCGAGUCGGCGAAGACAUCAAAGCCUGCGUUCGCCUCCUUUCAGAAGCUGCGCAGAAUUAUUGGCACCAAGAUGAAGGAAGCCAAAGCCAAGCCCCCCGAUCGCAAACAGACGCUUCUAGGGGUGGAGUGGACCAUCUCAGAUGACGAGCUUCUGGCGUCACCGGGCCCGAGCAGGAUCGAGAAGCUGGUCGCCCGGAUCAAGGAAGUCCUGGCCGCCGACGCCCUCUCACCACAGGAGGUCGCAAAGCUGGCGGGAAAGUUGAACUUUACGUGCUCUUGGGUUUUCGGCCAAGCAGGGACAGCACUUUUGAAGCCUUUGUUCGCUCGCCAGCAGUCGGGCAUUCACAAGCCUACGAGUUUGAGCUCGUCACUUCGGUCUGCAUUGAAAGAACUGCAGAAGUUGCUCCCAGAACUGAAGCCUGUUCGCAUUCCGUUGAGACCCCAAGAUGUGCAAGUGUGUGUCUUGUAUGCGGACGCAUACAUAAACAUAGCAGGUUCGCGAAGGGCAGCGAACCGGUGGCUCAAACAGGGCAUCCCUCAUGAUGUUCUGCAAGAGAGUUCGAACGGAUGGGGAGCCAUCUUUCUUCCGCCAUCAGGUCGCAGAUUGGCUUUCCGGUCAGAAGUGCCUAAUGAGGUUUUGAGAAAAACAGCGACUUCUAAGGCGUUCAUCUUCUGGCUGGAGAUGAUGGCCCAGGUUCUAGCGGUGCUCACGAUCGCAGAGGGCAUCCAAGGACACGUGCUUUGUUUCGUUGACAACUCAGCAGCAGAGCACGCGCUGCAGAAGGGCUUUUCGCGAGACAUAGCUUUCACCAAGGUGCUAGGUUGCUUCGCUCGCCACAUGGCAGCAAAAGGUUUAGUACUGUCGUUCCACAGAGUCACUUCGGCUGCCAACGUGUCUGACGGAGUCUCUCGAGACGACUGGUCUGCGGCAGCAGAGCUCGAGUGCAAGUUCGCGAAGUUUGACUUCUCCAAGGCGUACAAGUGGUUCCGAAAACUCCCCAACUUUAAUCGGCUCUCUUUCCCAAGUUCGUCAAGUUCGCCGAGCACUUGGGCGCGCAGGGAGUGGGGAACAGCGCGCGUGAGUGGAGUGAGUCGCGCUGUUCGUACAGAACACAGGCCGCGAGCAGGAGGCCCUGAGGGCAUUCCUGGUCGCAGACCGAAAGACCGCCCCAAGACUCUCGGGAUAGGGACCAAAAGUCCGCAUCGAGGUCUAAGCGAAUGCCUUCGCUUUUACAGUUACGGAGGGGUGCUUGUCGUGUUUUGCACGUGUGCAAAGAGUGACAAGCAGUACGUAGUGCACAGUUUCGUUCGUACUGCAGUCCGCUUCAGCUCGCACUUUCGCUUUUUACAGUUGCAGCAUCAGAGGCCCGAGCGUGUGGUCAGCAUUUUCAGCUUUUCCCACCACACCCGCCCGUGA